AUGGACUAUUAUCACCUUUUGCUGCUGUGGACCUGCAGCCUCCUGCCAGAUCUUCAGCUCUGCUUCAACUUUGACACAAAGAACUACAAGAUCUACUAUGGUUCUAAAGAAACCCAGUUUGGCUACACAGUCCAGCAGCACGAAGCAGGAGGGCGUCAGUGGUUGCUGGUCGGAGCUCCCUUUGAAUCCACCGGGCAGCAGCAGACCGGUGAUGUGUACAGAUGUCCGCUGGAUACCAGAAGGUCUGCAAACUGCAGCCGACUCAACCUGGGGAAACUAUCUCUAGACAAUGUGUCUGAGAGGAAAGACGAGAUGAAGCUGGGAAUGUCGCUGACCUCCAAUCCCAGAGACAACAGCUUUGUGACUUGUGGUCCGCUCUGGUCUCAUGAAUGUGGAAGCUCUCUGUACAGCACGGGAAUCUGCUCCAGAGUCAGCCGCAACUUCAGACUGUCCCACACCCUCGCACCCGCUCUGCAGAGGUGUGAGACGUUCAUGGACAUCGUGAUCGUUCUGGACGGUUCUAACUCCAUCUAUCCUUGGUACGAGGUCCAGGACUUCCUCAUCAACAUCCUGCAAAAGUUCUACAUCGGCCCAGGUCAGACGCAGGUGGGUGUGGUUCAGUACGGAUCCACGGUGGUCCACGAGUUCGGUCUGAGCGACUACCAGACGGUGGAGGAAGUGGUGGACGCCGCCAGGAAAAUCGACCAGCGGGGCGGCGAAGAGACGAGGACAGCGCUGGGCAUCAACGUGGCCCGGUCAGAGGCGUUCAAGCGCGGCAGCCGGCCGGGCGCUCAGAAGGUGAUGAUCGUCAUCACGGAUGGAGAAUCUCAUGACAGUCCAGACCUGCUGCAGGCCGUCCCCGACAGCGAGAAAGACAACAUCACCAUGUACGCCAUCGCUGUUCUCGGUUACUACAACCGGCGAGGAAUCAACCCCGAAGCCUUUCUGAAGGAAAUCAAAUACAUUGCCAGUGACCCAGACGAGAAGCACUUCUUCAACGUGACGGACGAGUCGGCGCUGAAGGACAUCGUGGACGCUCUGGGAGAAAGGAUUUUCACUCUGGAGGGAACCAGCAGUCAGGGUCGAGGGUUCGGCCUGCAGAUGGCUCAGGCCGGCUUCUCCUCACAUUUAGUCAAAGAUGGCAUUCUGCUCGGGGCGGUGGGCGCCUACGACUGGAACGGAGCCGUGUUGAAAGAGACGAAACAUGGGAAAGUCGUUCCACCGAAAUCCUCCUAUAAGGACGAGUUUCCAGAGGAGCUAAAGAACCACGGAGCCUAUCUGGGGUACUCGGUGGGUUCACUGGUUUUAUCUCACGGCGCUCAGCUCUACGUGGCCGGAGCACCGAGGUUCAACCACACCGGCAAAGUCAUCAUCUUCACCCUGAAGAACACCGGAAACCUGACCAUCCUGCAGGCGCUGCUGGGAGAACAGAUCGGGUCUUAUUUCGGCAGUGAGUUGUUAUCGAUGGACGUAGACAGUAACGGUCAAACUGACGUCCUCCUGGUGGCGGCACCCAUGUACUACAGUCAGGGCUGGGAGAGAGGGAAGGUUUACAUCUACAAAGUUACACCAGAGGCAUCCUUGAUCCUGAAUGGGGUGCUUGAGGUUUCCGACCAAUCUCAAAACUCCCGUCUGGGUUCUGCAAUGGCCCAGAUCCCGGACAUGAAUGGAGAUGGAUUCAGGGAGCUGGUGGUCGGAGCACCCCUUGAAGAUGACCACCAGGGGGCGGUGUACGUGUUUUAUGGCCACGGCAAAACCAUCCAACCGCAGUACAGACAGCGUCUGGCUGCAGCUGGAUUUUCUGCAGGUCUGCAGUAUUUCGGUAGAAGUCUUCAUGGAGUUCUGGACGUCAAUGCUGAUGGACUCGUCGAUCUCACCGUGGGAGCGCUGGGAGCUGCUGUGAUUAUCUGGUCUCGAGGUGUGGUACGGAUUCAGGCCAGACUGACCUUUGAACCUGAGAAGGUAAACAUCUUCAACAAGGACUGUUACCGAGGAGGGAAGGAAGUAACCUGCAUGUCCGUGAUCGUCUGCCUGAGUCUGGACUCCAGGACAAACGCCAGGACCAAGACCAGGACGAGUGUCGCCGCUUGGUUCAAUCUGGUGUUGGAUGAUCGGCGUUUUCCUCCUCGAGCCGUUCUGGACGAAUCAGACAGACAGUUGCCUAGGACGAUGAUACUGCCCCCUGAGAGCUGGCGGGGCUGCCAACGCCUCGGCUUCUCCGUCCAGGAGACAACAGAUUACGGCCGUCCCAUCAGUAUUCUCCUGGAGACGGGGUUGCAGAACCCAGACGUGGGGCCGGUGUUGGACCCGGACUGGCCGAACACACUGAGGGCCGAGCUUCCCUUCUGGAACGGCUGUGAGCAGGAAGAUACCUGCGUCCCCGACCUCAGCCUGCACAGUUACACCGACCUCAUGAGUGUCGAGCAGUUCUGCAGCUCCAAAGAGCGAGUCGCUUCGUCCGUCUGCGGCCUGCAGGAGGCGUUGUUGCGUAAAGAGUUUGUGGUGGAGGCCGGGCGGAGGAGGGUUGUUCUGACCGUUCGACUGGAGAACCAAGGAGAGAACGCCUACGGAACCACAAUCCACAUCUCCACCUCCUCCAACCUGAUCUACUCCAGCCUCAUAGUCAAGGACCAAUCAGAUAUUCAGAUCGAGUGCUUCUCUGAGGACCGGCUGGCCAGUCAGAGGAGCUGUAACAUCAGUGCUCCGUUCAUGAAGUCUUUGUCUCAGGUAUUUUUCCGUGUGGAGUUUGAGCUCAGCCGAUCCGUCUUUCUGGAUCACAUGCGGAUCGUCAUCGCAGCGAGCAGUGAGGGUGAUGAUUAUUUCCCAGACGACAACGAGAAUGACAUCACCCUCCCUCUGAAGUACCAGACUGACCUCGUCUUCACCAGAGACCCCAACCCUCCUCGCUUUGAAAUCCGAGCAGACUCCUCUUCGUUCUCUUCUUCCUGGGAACAAGCAGACAGCAGCUCUCCCACCUUCAACCUGACUUAUUAUAUCCAGAACCUGGGCGUGUUCCCCGUGCAGGACGUCCUGUUCAGAGCUGAUAUCUGGGCCGUGAGCAGGAAGGGGAACCAGCUGGUCAACAUUACAGAGUGGAGCAUCGAGCAGCAGGUAGCUGGGUCUCACUGCAUCCUGCCUCAACUCAGAACAACCAAUCAGGUUACAGCUGAAGACCUGUCUCACCUGUCGCAGCUGAACCGCAGUAACAGUGUGAGCAUGCCGGUGCAGUGCAGACUGAAUGUGCCGGCCUCCAGAGAGGUGAAGGUGACGCUCAGAGGAAGCCUUCAGCUCCCCGCUCUGCUCGCUAUAAACUUCAAGUCUCUGGAGUUGCUGACGGCCGCCACCAUCCAGCUGGAAGCAUCCAGUCCCAUGUUCCUGCAGGAGGACAAACCCGUCAGACAGAUAAUCCUGGAGCUGAGGAAAGAUGAGGAUUACACCAUCCCCGUCUGGAUUAUACUGGGAAGCUCACUGGGAGGCCUGCUGCUGCUGGCCUUACUGGUUCUGGCCCUGUGGAAGCUCGGCUUCUUCAACAGACGGAGGAGACAGGAGGAGGAGGAGCAGCCUGUGGCCAAUGGGAAGGCAGCGGAGGAGCUAUAAUGUGCAGGCGACACUGAUGCAGCGUUCGGUCGGUUCUCCUCAACUCGGA